GAAUCGGGUGGGUGUUAGGUGGGAGUAGAAUUUGUGUUUGAGAGUUGAAAGAAAGUUGACAAUACACAUACACCAGUGACGCUAUAGUGCAUCUAAUCAUGAAAAAUCUGAAGCCUUCUGCAAAAGCUAUGAAGGUAGGGACCAUUUUUUUCUCCUUUACCAGUUCUUUGAGCUUCAUGCAUAUACAUAAACCCCACCAUAUGUACAUCAUAUUUGUCUUUUUAUACCUUGUUUGUUCUAUAAUGCUUAUAGCCCUUUCUCAUCUUUUUUUCUUCCUUAGUUUGGUAAAUACAGUGGUUCAGUGACUAGACUUGGUUGCAAUUACAUUAUGAUUCGAACAUGUUUUUUUUUUCCUAAGUUAUAAGUGUACCUGGAAUAUGUUUUCCAAACCAUAAAGAUCCAUAAAUUGAUUUAACACAGCUGGUGAAGUGAUAAAUUGAGGGAGGCCCCCCCUGAAGAAUGAAAAAGUUGGCAUGUGAGUUUGUAUAUGAAAAGAAAAAGAGAAGUGAUUUAUGUUGGAGGGUAGUUGCUUUGUAUCAGCAGGACAAAAAGGUUUGGAAGAAAAAGGAAAAGAAAAGAAUCAAGGUUUACCCUAUUAUUAUGAGAAAAGCCUUUUCACAACUGGUCAAAGGAAACCAGUUCAUCCCCCACAUAACAACAUAAAGAAAACUCCUUAACCACCUCAUUUCAUUUUCCCUUUCCACAUUCAAGUUUCAAAUCGGUAAAAUAAGUUCAUGUUACACAUCACUUUCUGAACUUUGAUAUCUCGACUAUGCUGAUAUCCUAAAACCUAACACAAAUCUUAUCAUCAUUGAGCUUACUAUUGCUAAGUACUCAAAUAUGACAUAAAACUCUUUGCAUGGAAGACAAGUAGAAAAGAAAAUAAGUGGGAAGUAUAAUCCUUAAAGAAAAAAUUGAUGGUCAAUGAUGUAUUUGAGAACACUAUAUCACUAGCUUCUCUGACAUCCUACGAUAUAGUGGUCAAUUACAAGAGUAGGAUUGUUAAGUUUUUCUUGGAAUCUCCAUGCUGUAACCACUUUGUAGCUGUGCAAAAUCUUGCCCGUACUUUGCAUCAAGAAAAAGUUCAUCAAUCAAACAAGCUUUCGGGAAAACCAAAAACAAACCGUGUAUCUCUCUGCAUACAACCUGCAAUAUCCCCAAGCUGCUGAGUACUCAUAUUCUCUGGUGACUCAGAAUGCAGAAAAAAUGAGUUACUUUUUUUGUAAUCAUAAAACAUUAGUAAUUUUAACACUACCAUGUUGGUGUGUGUGGUGAAAAAAACAAAAAAGGUUACAACUUACAAGGUAUUUAUGCUUGAUGCAUCAACACUAAAGAGAGGGGGAAAACGCAAAAGUAGAACUAGAAGUCUAAAAGAACAUUCACACACUGUAAUUCUCAAGGUAGCCCACAUUCCAAUAGCUAAAUUCUUUUUCAUAGCAGAAAACUUUAUAAACAGACUCUUAUUCUAGUAUUUGGAGGCCCAACAAUGUAUACAACUUUUCUUUUUUUGCUUCACAGUAUAGACAGACUCGAUACACUAAGAUUUAUACCCCUCAUACAUCACUUUCAACACCGUUUUCUAGCAAGCCUGCAAGGAAAAAACAUGAUAAAGCAAGAACUGUAAUCAUAGAAUGAAUUUAAAAGCAGCUCCCAAUCACUAAGUGGCCCACAAUUAACCCUCAUGCAGUAAAUACUGAGUAACAUUGUACCAAUUUAAAAGCAACACACACCUCUCUCUCUUUCUGGUGCUGCUCUGCCUCUCUUCAUUUUGUGAAAAAUGAAGAACUUGCCAACAUGGAAAACCAUGGCAGUGACUGUGGUGUUGCUUCAAUUGAGCUUUUCCUUGGAGAUUUUCUGUCUCUCUAAUCAUGCAGAUAGAAUUGUUCGGCUUCCUGGACAACCCAACACACGCUUCCAACAGUUCUCAGGAUAUGUUACAGUGGAUGAUCUCAAACACAAAGCUCUCUUUUACUAUUUUGUUGAAUCAGAAACUCAUCCAUCUUCAAAGCCUCUUGUUCUCUGGCUCAAUGGAGGACCUGGGUGUUCUUCUCUUGGAGUGGGUGCAUUCUCUGAAAAUGGACCUUUUAGACCAAAUGGGAAAGUUUUGAUUAAAAACGAGUACAGUUGGAACAGAGAGACAAACAUUUUGUAUUUGGAGACACCAGUUGGGGUGGGGUUCUCUUAUGCUAAAGGUGGCUCUUCCUAUGAGACUGUGAAUGAUGAGACAACAGCCAGGGACAAUCUUGUAUUCUUGCAACGCUGGUUCAACAAGUUCCCUCAAUUCAGGCACAGAGAUUUGUUUCUAGCAGGUGAAAGCUAUGCAGGGCAUUAUGUUCCACAACUUGCAAAGCUCAUGAUUGAAAUAAACAAAAAGGAGAAGUUAUUCAAUCUGAAAGGCAUAGCCUUGGGUAAUCCAGUUCUAGAAUAUGCCACUGACUUGAAUUCAAGGGCCGAGUUCUUCUGGUCUCACGGUUUGAUAUCUGAUUCAACGUACAAAUUGUUCACUACAGGCUGUAACUAUUCCCGAUACGUCAGUGAAUACUACAGAGACUCCAUUUCUCCGCUUUGUUCAAAGGUUUUGAGGCAAGUAGCCAGAGAAACCAGUAAGUUUGUGGAUAAAUAUGAUGUCACGCUUGAUGUUUGCAUUUCAUCAGUGCUUUCACAAUCCAAAGCAAUUUGUCCUCAAGGCCAAAAAACAAAUGAGAGCAUAGAUGUAUGUGUAGAUGACAAAGUUACUAAUUACUUGAACCGAAAAGAUGUACAAGAGGCUCUCCAUGCCAAGCUUGUCGGAGUCCAAAAAUGGGAUGUCUGCAACAACAUUUUGGACUAUGAUAUGCUCAACCUGGAGAAACCUACACUCCCUAUUGUUGGAUCACUCAUAAAAUCUGGAGUUCGGGUCUUAAUUUACAGUGGAGAUCAAGAUUCAGUGAUUCCACUGACUGGAAGCCGCACCUUAGUUCAAAAGCUGGCUAGACAACUAGGACUGAAUACAACAGUCCCCUACAGAGUCUGGUUUGAAGGCCAGCAGGUUGGUGGAUGGACUCAAGUUUAUGGCAGUAUUCUCUCAUUUGCUACUGUGAGAGGUGCCUCUCAUGAAGCCCCUUUCUCACAGCCUGAAAGAUCUUUUGUUUUGUUCAAGUCAUUCUUGGAAGAUAGGCCUCUGCCUGAAAUCUUCUGACACCACUUAGUUUUUUCUCUAAUCUAGUUGAGACAUUGUAAGUAAGCCUAAAUUUGUACUAUAUAACUAUUAAAUUUAAUGUAAUUUCAAAAGAAAAUUAAGGGGAGAGUUGGAAAUAUGAGUCACAUUGCAAUUUACUUCCAUGAUGCAGUGCUUGUUUGUUCAUUUGACUGUCAAAAUGUAAAAUGGAUCC